AUGAAGACCUAUGAGGAUGCAAGAGCGACCUUAGAGGAGCUGGAAUUAAUCGAGAAUGCUGUGACUAGUCGUUUAAGAAGAAAUCCUGAGAUUUUCUACCGCAAUAUUGACGAGGUUGAUCUCGUUGAACACAGCGGUAGAUUCGAUCACAUUCCUUCCUCUCAGAAAAGCGCAAAUAAGGUGUACACGGUCAAGAAGUCUCGAAGGAGCAGAAAACAGAUCCUUGCUCAGGAGCAUGAAAUCAAAUCUUUCUUGUCGCAGUACUUGAAGGAUUGCCAGUCAUUAGGACGGGUUGAGUUUGACAUGAGUGAAUACAGGGUUGACAACGGAUCUGUAAACAAGCUCCUUGAACAUAUAGAGAGGAUUAAAGAGAUACAUCCAAAGGAUGACGAGUUUGGGGAUCAAUAUGCCAUGUUUUCCAGCUCGACCCCUUCAAAUAAGAAUAUAAUUUCGAGAAAAGCUCAAAACCUCGAUAUCAACUCUUAUUUUACACGGGAUGAGCAGUAUGGCGAAUACUUAGAUUUGGAGCCUUUUCACCAGAAAUGGCUAAGUGUUGUCAAGAAUGGAGACGUUACUUUGCUUCAGUUUUUGAGUGAAGUGGAAAAGUUUACGGACCAAAGAUAUUUGCUUCAGCCUGCGGUCAACAGGAACAGCAGUCGUUAUAGAGAAUUCGUGGCUUCGCUUCAUCAUUAUUUGUCUGAUUACGCUGCAAGAGCUUAUCCCCUUCUGAGCUGGGAUUUGAUACAUGCAAAGGCUCAAGAGUUGUAUCACACAAAUGUGGCCAAGCCCAUUCCUUCGGGCGAGUCUGGCGUAUUUUGCAUUCCCUGCGACAAACGCUUUAAGACAGACACGGUCUACAACGCCCAUUUACCUGGGAAGCGCCAUGUGGGCAAUUUGCAUAAAAAUAGCUCCUUCCUUACACAGGAGCAUAGCCUUCAUAUAUUUUGCCGCUACCUGUCGAGGGAGCUAGCGCGCACCAGAGAGUUUGUGGAGCGAAAGUUGGCCUUUACUACAGAGGAGCGCACUCAGGAGCUUGAGAGGUUAACUGAUAUUUACGAUUCGCCAGUUUACGGUAGACAGGAACAGGAGGAUGCUCAAGAAGAUGAGAAUAAAGAGACUGAAGAUAAGGAAGAUAGCGUACUAGACUCUUCUAUGAACCUUCCGCUAGGCCCUGACGGCUUUCCGAUUCCGUACUGGCUUUAUAAGUUACAGGGCCUCGAUAUCGAAUACCCAUGCGAGCUCUGCGGAAAUUUCGUCUACAACGGACGCCGCCAAUUCGACAAGCACUUCGGUGAGCAGAGACAUGUUUUCGGUCUACGUCGGCUUGGCAUUGAGCCCUCUGCCUCUUUCAAAGGCGUUACCAAGAUUGACGAUGCGAAACAGCUGUGGAGUCACCUUCGUUCGACCUCCUCUGGCAGAGUCUCGUCCGAAGGCAAACUUGAGGUGGAAGUGGAAGACGAAGACGGGAAUGUAAUGAGCAAAAAAGUCUAUGAUGAGCUGAAGAAACAAGGCUUGCUGUAG